GUUCAAGGAAUUGAGGAAGUAGGAGGAGGAUAGGGUCUUUUGGGUGAUGGCACUUCAAGUGCCGCUCGAUGAUAUGCCAUUCAUUUACACGCAAAUCGAGAUGGCAAUAGGAAAGAUCCCCCUGGCGCAUCCAACAGAUGCAGACCCGUUGAGACCGGCGUUAGUCAACGCCAAGUUUGACCUCGUUCCAGAGGCCCGCCCGAACAUGGACGUCAUCAGGGUAGAAACGCCGAAGGGAGACAUUCUGGAGAUAAAAUUAGCGACAGCGGACACAGUCAGGUGUAAGACCUGCAGGCAGUUCUUUCACAUGGAACAAGAGUGCAGAAGGAAAGGUGGACAGAGAACGGAUGAAGGGGGAGCGUCGCAAGGGCAUCACGGUAACGAUUGGCAGCAGCGGACCCCUUCGCAGAUCCCUUUAGGGUACCAGGGUCCACUCGGCCCAAGGAGUGGGACGCAAGCCCCGUCGGGAGCAGCAAGCCACGCUGUCUUCAUUCGCAACAAUCCGGCCUUCUCGCCGCAUGGCUCGCGAGGAGGAAAUGAGCUACAGGGGCAUUUGGGGAACGGCUGUCCAGGAGGACUAGGGGGGUUGAUGCAAGGCGUCGGGCCGAUCGGAUCUCAGGGCUUCUAUAGCGUGGCACAAGGAGGUUAUCAAGUAGGCGGCCCCCACAGGGACAGUUAUGGGGAGGUUUCGCAGGAGCAACGUCUGGCCGUAGCGGACAGCUCAGCAACCAAGGCCAACAGAUCAAUCAAGGACAAUACGGGAUGCCUAAUUUUAACGGCGAUCACCCACGUGGACGAGAUCAUCAUCGGCAGAGACUGGAACACAGUUCUGGACUCCCCGUCGGAUCAAAGAGAUCAAGGGUGCGCCAAGGACGUCCUCGCUCUGGUGGACAUGAUGCUGGACUUGGAUUUGCAGGAUGUGUACAGGGAACUGCGACCAGCGGAACCGGGUUACACCUGGUUCUCGCACAGGGGGAGAGGCAGGAGACUGGAUUACCUGCUAGUGGGAGGGAGCCUAAAGAAGCAGGUGAUCAACGUGGAGGAGGCCAACAACCCGGUCUCGGAUCAUAAACCGGUAAUUGGUUUCUUCAAUCUUGCAAAAGAGUUCAAGAGAGGCAGGGGCUACUUUAAGCUUAACACGCAGAAUCUGCAGUGCGAAGGGUUAAACCAGUGGACACAAGGGUUCUGGGAACGGUGGCAAAAGCAAAAAGAGCGGUUUGCUACGGUAGCAGAGUGGUGGGAAGUGGGCUCAAGGAUCAUGUCGAAGCUGCUAGAUGUCUUCUCUAGGAUGCUUGCAUUGACCAGGAACAAGGAAGAGAGGAAACUACGGAAGAAAGUACAGGAGGCAGAGGAGAAAAUGCAGAGGCACCCUAUCUCUGAUUUUACGUAGGGAAAGGAGAGGGUCAGAAGGUUAGCUGAGUGGGAUGAG